CAUCCAUGUUGACACUUUCAUAAUACUUGAGACCUUUCACCAACACCAGUCAAGGCUAGAGCCAGUUGUGCAACGAGUUUGGAGUCGGAUUCGAAGACGGAGACGUCAGAGGGUCGUACAUGUCUUUUCCUUUUCCUACCCGGCAGCGUCUCCCACCCUCAUCCACCGAUGACCAAAACCAACAAGAGCGAGAUGGGCCCGUAGCAACGAAGAGUGGGCAUGGAGGCGUCGUGCUGGACAAAGAUGGAAAACCGUGUCGAACAUGCACCUCAUCAGCUGAGUGGAAGGCGAUGAUGGGAACCUUUGGAGGCGGCAACAAGACCAAAGCCACUGCUUCUACAUCGACGUCGACGUCAACGACGACCUCAACUUUGACCAACGAUACUACUCCCGACGAUUGUCCCGCCGAUGUCGAACAAUUGGGACGUUCAACCUGGACAUUACUCCACACCAUGGCGGCUCAGUACCCACCCAAAGCUCCUCCUACAACGCAGUCGGUAAUGAAACAAUUCAUCUCGACAUUUUCACAAUUAUACCCUUGUUGGGUAUGCGCAGAUGAUUUUCGGUCGUGGAUGGUUCAGCCAGGGAAUGAGCCCAAAGUGGGUGGAAGAGAUGAGUUGGGCAACUGGAUGUGCCUGGCACAUAACGUGGUCAAUGUCAAACUGGGCAAGAAAGAGUUUGAUUGUUCAUUGUGGAAGCAACGGUGGAAGGAUGGCUGGGAUGAUGGCAGAUGUGAUUGAAAAGAGAGUCCCCGUCAACCACCGCCCACACCAUCACCACGAUGACAAACACAAUUUGUUCUCGGUCUCUGUGUUGACCGCAGUAUUUGGCAGAUUCACACAUGAGCAUGGGCCCUUGAAUCUCGCCUCAGAUCCAAGAGAAUAUCUCCACACUUGUAUAGAUAGCAUGAUAGAACAGACCUCUACGUGUACAACAGAUGUAAUAAUGAAACCCAUUGAAAUGAUCAAAUA